CCGAGGCAGCGCGUCGGCUCGGGCUCGGCUCGGCUCUGCGCGGCUCCGGACGGCCGCGACCGCUGGCCCGGGGCUCCGGCGGCCCGGACUGCCCGACCGACCGCGCGCCCGCCGCCCGCCCCGCUGCGCCCCUCGCCCCGCACGGAGCCCGGUACCCAGCGCCCCGCGCCCCAGCUCCCCGGGCUCCCCGCGCGCUCUCCCGCCGCGGGGUCGGCCCGCAGCCUCCGGUGCGCCCGCGCUCUCCCUCCUCCUCCCGGGCUCCUGCCCUUCGCCGCCCUCGCCCCGCCAUGGCUCGUGGCCCCGCUCGGACCAGCCCGGCACCGGGGCCUCCACUGCUGCUGCUGCCGCUGCUUCUGCUGCUGCUCCGGGACGCGGGUGGCAGCCACACAGCCCCUGCCUGGUCCGCACAGUCCGCGGCCGCCGACGGCCUCCCGGGGGACAAGCACCCCCCGAGAGCCCUGGGGGACGCGGCCGCCACGCUGGGCCCUGGCGCCCAGGACAUGGUCGCUGUCCACAUGCUCAGGCUCUAUGAGAAGUACAGCCGGCGGGGCGCGCGGCCGGGAGGGGGCAACACGGUCCGCAGCUUCCGGGCCCGGCUGGUGGUCGACCAGAAGGCCGUGUAUUUCUUCAACCUGACGUCCAUGCAGGACUCGGAAAUGAUCCUCACCGCCACCUUCCACUUCUACUCGGAGCCGCCGAGGUGGCCCCGAGCGCGGGAAGGGCCGUGCAAGCCGCGGGCCAAGAACGCUUCGUGCCGCCCGCCGCCCCCCGGGCCGCCGGCUCGCCAGCACCUGCUCUUCCGCAGCCUGUCGCAGAACACGGCCACGCAGGGGCUGCUCCGCGGGGCCAUGGCCCUGGCGCCGCCGCCGCGCGCCCUGUGGCAGGCCAAGGACAUCUCCCCCAUCGUCAAGGCGGCGCGCCGGGACGGCGAGCUGCUCCUCUCCGCCCAGCUGGACUCCGGGGAGAAGGACCCGGGGGUGCCCAGAUCCGGCCCCCACGCGCCCUACAUCCUCGUCUACGCCAACGACCUGGCCAUCGCGGAGCCCAACAGCGUGGCGGUGACGCUGCAGAGAUACGACCCCUUCCCGGCUGGAGAGCCCGAGCCGCGCGCAGCCCCCAACAGCUCGGCAGACCCCCGCGUGCGCCGGGCCGCGCAGGCCGCCGGGCCGCUCCAGGACAACGAGCUGCCGGGGCUGGACGAGAGGCCGGCGCGCGCGCCCCACGCGCAGCACUACCACAAGCACGAGCUGUGGCCCAGCCCCUUCCGGGCCCUGAAGCCCCGGCCCGGCCGUAAGGACCGCAGGAGGAAGGGCCAGGACGUGUUCGUGGCCUCCUCGCAGGUGCUGCGCUUCGACGAGAAGACGAUGCAGAAAGCCAGGAGGAAGCAGUGGGACGAGCCGAGGGUGUGCUCCCGCAGGUACCUGAAGGUGGACUUCGCGGACAUCGGCUGGAACGAGUGGAUCAUCUCGCCCAAAUCCUUCGACGCCUACUACUGCGCGGGCGCCUGCGAGUUCCCCAUGCCCAAGGUUGUCCGCCCAUCCAACCAUGCCACCAUCCAGAGUAUUGUCAGGGCUGUGGGCAUCGUCCCUGGAAUCCCAGAGCCUUGCUGUGUCCCUGACAAGAUGAACUCCCUAGGGGUCCUUUUCCUGGAUGAGAACCGGAACGUGGUUCUGAAGGUGUACCCCAACAUGUCCGUGGAGACCUGUGCCUGCCGGUAA